CCUAUCUGGGCCCUCCCGGCUCCACGGCUGGCAGAAUGUCGCACGUCGGCGUACUACCACCGCUUUCUUGCCAACCCGGUCUGCCAGCCGCUCACCAUCAUCAUCCGGAGCAGCACCCGCAGUUAGGUCACGUGACCGCCGCCGCCGCCGCAGCCGCCGCGAUGGGGAUGGAAUCCUCGGAGCUGAUGGCAGUAGCCCAUUACCAGGCGCAACAGCUGCAGCGACAAUUGCUGGCCGAGCAAUCGGCCACGGGCGCGAUGUUACCGCCGUCUGCUCAGCCUACUGGUGGAGGUUUGACGCAGCCGCUCCAGCAGCAAGGACAGCAAGGUCAACUGCAACCGGGUCAGGAUCCAUUGCAGAGUCUGGUGCAGCAACUGCUCUGUCUACAGCAGAUCGAGUACUUCCUCGCGCAGCGCGGUCACAAGUGAUAACACUGAGAACAUAGAACCGAGAGAGAGAGAGAGAGAGAGAGAGAGAGAGAGAGAGAGAGAGAGAGAGAGAGAGAGAGAGAGAGAGAGAGAGAGAGAAAGACAGAUAGAAAGUAAGAAAGAUAGAAAAUUAUUUCCAUGCGGUAGUGACAACUGAACGAGAGAAAUGAGAGGAACAUACGGAGUGUACGGGACUCGAUAAUCGAGCGGAGAGAAAUAGAGAUGAAGUGGAACAGGAAGGAAGCCGGUGUUCGUGUGUUCACGCCGCUGCGAAAGUGCUGUUUCUAUGUCGAUAGACGAACUCUGCGCCCAGGCAAGAAGAGAAAGAGAAAGAGAGAGAAAGAGAGAGAGAGAGAGAGUGUGUGACUCGCGCCCGUCGACAUUGCGGCUAACAGAACGAACCUA